CUGAUUAUGGAGCACACUGAGGAAAAUGAAGCUGAUGAUGGGCAGGAGGGCUCCGAAGACUUCUUUAUUCGGGGGUCCAGCAGUUCAGAAGACGAAGGAGGGUGUAUGAGACAUUCGAUGAGCUGCAAACAAGCUGCACGGCAGAGCAGAGAAAGCUCCCCUCCGCUCCUCCUGGUCUUUCCAUUCUCCUCUGGAGGAAAAAGGGCUCUGCUGGACGCUGAGCUGGAAGUGUCUUCUAGUGAUGACCUACAGGACGAUAAAGAUGAGGAUCAGCCCAUAGAGGACUGGAUGAUCCUGGAAGGGGAGGAACAGGUGGAGGACUCAAACAUCCAGCUCAAUCUGAGCUACAGGAACAGCUCCGGGGAGGAAUUAGAUGAUGAAGAUUUGAAGGGCAACAUGCGAAAAUCAGUAAAAGAAAGCUGGGCUGUAUCUGUGAAAGACAAGGUAACUUUUGAGAGUGGCGCGGAUCAGUCUCUGACCAGCCGUUAUUUCUCGCCUGGUUGUUCCCUGUUCUGUCGUGCAUGCAACAGGACAGGACACCUUGCCAAAAGCUGCUCCUUCCGCAAGAAAUAUCCUAUAUGUGUCCUUUGUGGGAUCCAAGGUCACAUCCAAAGGAAAUGUCCAAGUCGCCCCUGUGGUAGAUGUGGACUGCCUUCACACGGGCUCAAGCCAUGUGAUCUGCCUCCAGUAUGGAACCAGCACUGCCUGCGCUGCGGGAUGACAGGGCACCUUUCUGAUGCUUGCCCCGAUACAUGGAGACAAUACCACUUGACAAUUAGGGUAGCGGUUCCCCUCAGGCCACAGGCAAGCCACAGCCUCCAUCACAGGAAGUGCCGCAUUCAUUGUUACAACUGCUCUAAAAGAGGACAUUACGGUUAUGAGUGCACUAAAAGGAGGAUGGUUACGGGCACUUUUCCAUCAUUGCCUUAUGUUUACCAAUAUGACACCAGGGAAGACAUUCUCCAACUUCGGACCAGGCGAGAGGAAAGAGUUAAAGAGCCUGCACAUGUUUUCUCAGACCUGUCUGAAAAAACAGGGGCGAGCGGUGAGGAGAAUCAAUCAGUCCAGGGGUGGACAAGGACAAAGAAGGAGCUGCACACCCGAGCUGGCACGAGGAAGACGUGGCAAGAGAGGCGCAAGGAGAGACGAGAGGUGAAGCGUCUGAGGAGGGAAGCUCAGGCCAGGCGGGAAGGAGGACUACUGAUAAAGUCCUGCUGUAGCUCUGAUGACGAAGUCUAUCCCAGAGUCCCCUUUAGUCGGCCCGAUGACAGGCAAAAACAGUCCACUGCACCUCCACAGAAGAAAAGGAGGGAUGAGACGGGUGGCAAAAAGAGCAAGAAGAGCAGAGAGGCAGAAAGGUGGAAGAAAAGAGGAGGGGUAAAACGUGGGUAUUUGUAUCCCCAUGCUGACAUAGAUAUCAGGAGUGUAAAUCUUCUUUCCCCAAAACAAAGAGUACGCCACAGAAAAAAAUGAUAGCUGAUCUUUUUUUAAUGCAUUUAUUUUUUUAGGUGCUAAUAAAUGUAACAAGUUUGCAAAUAAGUCAUUUUGUGUCUGUGAUCUUUUGAUGUGUUAUUUAUCAACAUUUAAUGACAGUACAGAAAACUGAAAAUUAUACAGGAAUGUACUUUGGUACUUAAUAUUUAGUUUUGUAGUU